CAGGCCAGCUUCGCUCAUUAUUCCAACGAUAGUACGUUCAAGCAGACGUCUAUUUUGAUCUGCCAGUUCGUCAACUGCUCACUCCUACUUUCGUUACUUUUCGUCCGGUUCAUUUUCGAACAAAUUCAUUUAUUUACAGUGUUCUUGCACUUAAAUGAAUCCUACAGUACCAGAUUUUACUUGCUGUGAAGUCUUUCUGCCAUCUCAAACAAAUCAUGGGCAAAUUUUUCUGCCUUGUUGCGUUUCUUUCCCUGUCGAUGAUGUCGGGUUCUUCGGCGACCCCGUGUAACAAUGACUCGGAUUGCGGAAAUGAAUAUUACUGCUUAAGCGACAUUUGUGAAGAAUGUAUUCCUUGCAGUGUAAUAUUCAAUCGAAAACCACCGUCAAACAACGAAACCAUUUGCGCUAAAACCGAAAAAGAUUGCGGAAAUUGCCUUCCUGGAUAUCUGGCUGACGAAUUGACAAAUGAGCGAAAUUUUAGUACCAAAUGCUAUGCACCCGAAAAACUCGAUUCGUCAAACCCACCCGCAACAGAAUUUGAAUUAAAAUUGGGCAUUUUCAUUGCUUCUGCGUUGGUAGCUUUCGUUGCCGCUAUGGCACUCUUCAUUGUCUAUAAAAAAAUCCGACGAUGGAAAUCGCAUAGUCCUACUGUGGAUGACGUCGAAAUGAUGGAGGUUGGUAAACGGCCGCAACCUUCGGCACCUCAUCCGGAUUUCAACGUAGAAGAGCCCAUCGAAAGCAAUGAAGAAAUGAGGAGACUAUUAACCACCAACCCGAUGUCGACUUUCCAAGUAGACCGACCUUGUGGUGCCUCACCUAUUGGCCCGCAUCACGAAUAUUAUCCGCCAGUAGUCGAAGCGACCAUACACGACGAAAUACGAAAUACGAAUGCAGCACCAGCAAUGGAAAUGCCACCGCGUCUGUUUCUUCAGAAUAACUCGGGUUAUAACACAGUUCGACCACUAGUACUUCGUUCAGUCAGUGACUCUGGCCAUUCCCACAUUAGACUGUCGGAUUACCGUCCAACUAUUAUUCGAUCGAUCAACUCUCCAGACCGAGAAUGUGGAAUACCAAGUACGGUUCAAAAUCAUUCCCAAUUACAACCAACAGAAAACUUUCUAGAAGUAGGAGCUGCAUUGACAAUAAAACGCAAAUAAAAAUCGUUCAAGAAAAUGGACUCGACGCAAUUAAAAAUUUUUAUAAUCUGGUAAAGAUGUUAAUAGGGUUUCAUAGAAUAACAAAACUUUAAUUGCAAUUAUACCACCUAUGUAUGUAUAAUGUACGUGUAUGAAAUGUAAAAUAUAAUAAUAAAGUUGGCAC